CAUUUCCCACACCACACUAACAUCCUCUCAAUCAAUUCAGCUUUUCCAACCUGGCGUCAUUGAUCAAAACCUCAUUUCGCCUUUGUCGCAUUCCUCUUCGCUUAACUACCUCCACAUCUCUCCUUCCUCCUACUUCUUGUCGUCUGAUUUCCUUGCACCAACUGCCUCGUCACGCAUCCUUUCACUCAUCCUCUGUCUUUGCUUCUUCACUAUUCAACAUGUCUGAAUAUUCCACCCGUGUCAUUGGUGCACCCAACACUCUUGAGCACCGUGUCUUUAUUGAAAAGAACGGCACCCCUAUUUCGCCAUUCCAUGACAUUCCCCUAUAUACCAAUGAGGCAAAGAACGUGUACAACAUGAUCGUUGAGAUCCCUCGAUGGACCAAUGCCAAGCUUGAAAUCUCCAAGGAUGAGGAACUUAACCCCAUUAAGCAAGAUGUCAAGAAGGGCAAACUUCGCUUCGUUCGUAACUGCUUCCCCCAUCACGGCUACAUCUGGAAUUAUGGCGCGUUGCCUCAGACAUGGGAGGACCCUACUCAUAUCGAUCAUGAUACUCAGGCUCGUGGAGACAACGAUCCUUUGGAUGUCUGUGAGAUUGGCGAGUCGGUUGGAUACACCGGUCAAAUCAAGCAAGUCAAGGCACUUGGUGUUAUCGCUCUCUUGGAUGAGGGUGAGACUGACUGGAAAGUCAUUGUGAUCGAUAUUAAGGAUCCCUUGGCUGAUGAGCUCAAUGAUAUCGCUGAUGUUGAGAAGCACCUUCCUGGCCUCAUUGAUGCUACUCGUGACUGGUUCCGCAUUUACAAGAAGCCCGAUGGCAAGCCCGAAAAUGAAUUUGCAUUCAAUGGGGCUGCCAAGGACAAGGCCUACGCAACCAAAGUCAUUGAGGAGACCCACCAUGCCUGGAAGCGUCUCAUCACUGGGGAAAUCCCUCCUAAGGCAGAAGCUUAUGAUAUCAAAGUGUCCAACCUUCAUGUUGACAACAGCCCUUAUAAGAUUGCUGCUGACGACCAAAUCGCCAAGAGCAUUCCUGCUGCCUCAGCCAAGGCACCCGCUCCCAUCGAUGCCUCGAUUGACAAGUGGUUCUUCACCAGCAACAUGUAAAAAUAAAAAAGCGCUAUUAUUUUAAACCACUAUGCCUUGAUUCACACAUCUGUCAAAUAAAGAGUUAUUGUGUCCUUCA